CACCGCUAUAUAAUAAUUUUUGAGCAGGAGGAGAAUUGUGUGUGAAAUCUGUGAGCUGGGUUGUUAAGAGGUUUGCUAUCUGAGAUGACUUGUGAGAGUAUUGCCCCGCCUGAGGGUGAUAAAGAACCGUUCGAAGAGGUUGAUCCCACUGGCCGGUUUGGGCGGUAUCCGGACCUUCUUGGUACAGGAGCUGUGAAGAAAGUGUAUAGAGCAUUUGAUCAGGAGGAAGGAAUUGAGGUUGCUUGGAACCAGGUUAAGCUGAAGAACUUCAGUCAGGACCCGUCUGUCAUUGAUCGCCUUGUGAAGGAAGUUAAGUUGUUGAGCGAUCUAAGGAACAAUUAUAUCAUCUCUUUGUAUCAUGUUUGGAGGGAUGUCCAACAUAAUACUUUGAACUUCAUUACUGAGAUCUGCACCUCGGGGAACUUGAGAGAGUACAGAAAGAGGCACCGUCAUGUGUCUAUCAGGGCGUUGAAGAAAUGGUCCAAGCAGGUGCUUAAGGGUUUGGAUUACCUGCAUACACUUGAACCCUGUGUUAUUCACAGGGACCUUAAUUGCAGCAACAUCUUUAUCAACGGGAAUGUUGGCGAGGUGAAAAUUGGGGAUUUUGGUUUGGCAGCAAUAGUAGGGAAGAGUCAUGUAGCACACUCAAUAUUAGGGACGCCAGAGUACAUGGCACCGGAGCUGUAUGAGGAAGAUUAUACAGAAUUGGUGGACAUAUACUCAUUUGGGAUGUGUUUACUUGAAAUGGUAACUAUGGAAAUUCCUUACAGUGAAUGCGAUAGUGUUGCCAAAAUAUACAAAAAGGUGACCAGUGGGGUUAAGCCCCAGGCUUUUAACAAGGUGAACGAUCCAGAGGUGAAGGCAUUUAUUGAUAAAUGCAUUGCAAAACCUAGGGAGAGGCCGUCUGCUGCUGAACUACUUAAGGAUCCGUUUUUCGCAGAAGUAGAAGAUGACGAUGAAAGUAACAAUAACUCGUGCUGAAAUUUUUAGUGAAUCAUGUUUGUAUAUAGAGUCAAAACGUCUCAUAUUGAUAAUCAAUAAAGUCAUUUUCAUGUAUACACAAAGUAGUAUUUAAUGUGUUCCAAAAAAGUAAUUUGAUAUUGCAUAUUCUAGCUGGUCAUAGGAUUGUUUUCUAACACUUUAAUUAGAGGAAAUCAUAAAUUUAAUGUAUUCCUUGAUUUUA